UGUCACUACCAUCACCCACGGAGCCGCUACUAGUGGGGUGUAGACCCGGCCCUUCGCCGGGCAGAGAAGAUGUUGCCCCUGUCCAUCAAGGACGAUGAAUACAAACCACCCAAGUUCAAUCUGUUCGGCAAGAUCUCGGGCUGGUUUAGGUCCAUCCUGUCGGACAAGACGUCUCGGAACCUGUUUUUCUUCCUGUGCCUGAACCUCUCUUUCGCUUUUGUCGAACUACUCUACGGCAUCUGGAGCAACUGCUUAGGCUUGAUUUCCGACUCUUUUCACAUGUUUUUCGAUAGCACUGCCAUUUUGGCUGGAUUGGCAGCAUCUGUUAUUUCAAAAUGGAGAGAUAAUGAUGCUUUCUCUUAUGGGUAUGUUAGAGCGGAAGUUCUGGCUGGCUUUGUCAAUGGCCUGUUUUUGAUCUUCACUGCUUUUUUUAUUUUCUCAGAAGGAGUCGAGAGAGCCUUAGCCCCUCCAGAUGUGCAUCAUGAGAGACUGCUUCUUGUUUCAAUUCUUGGGUUUGUGGUAAACCUAGUAGGAAUAUUUGUUUUCAAGCAUGGAGGUCAUGGACAUUCUCAUGGCUCUGGCCAUGGACAUAGUCAUUCCCUCUUUAACGGUGCUCUCGAGCAGGCGCAUGGCCACGGAGAUCAUUGCCACGGUCAUGAACUGAAACAUGGUGCUGGACAUGGCCAUGACCACACUCAUGGACACGGACACUUUCAUGCUCAUGAUGGCCCUUCCUUAAAAGAAACAACAGGACCCAGUAGACAGAUUUUACAAGGUGUAUUUUUACACAUUCUAGCAGAUACACUUGGGAGUAUUGGUGUAAUUGCCUCUGCCAUCAUGAUGCAAAAUUUUGGUCUGAUGAUAGCGGAUCCUAUUUGUUCAAUUCUGAUAGCCAUCCUCAUAGUUGUAAGUGUUAUUCCUCUUUUAAGAGAGUCUGUUGGAAUAUUAAUGCAGAGAACUCCUCCCCUUUUGGAAAAUAUUCUGCCUCAGUGCUAUCAGAGGGUGCAGCAGUUGCAAGGAGUGUACAGUUUACAAGAACAGCACUUCUGGACCUUAUGUUCUGAUGUUUAUGUUGGGACCUUGAAAUUAGUAGUAGCACCUGAUGCUGAUGCCAGGUGGAUUUUAAGCCAAACACAUAAUAUUUUUACUCAGGCCGGAGUGAGACAACUUUAUGUACAGAUUGACUUUGCAGCCCUGUAACAAAUGAAAAGAAAUGAUGCUUUUUUGGGGGGAAACCUAAUUUUUCUGGUACUGUACAAUCCAAAACAUUGUACCUAGAUUUUUAAAAUAAAGAAAUCAUCACUACAACGCCCCAGCACCCAGCAGACCAGGUAGAGUCGGCCAUUUGUGCUCUGCCAGGA